GGUUAUGAGUACCGACCGCAAUUGCUAAGGGGUCAGAGGUACUUUAUUUUCAUUUGUAAUCAUAAAAAAAAAUAUAUUUUAAUAAAUAGUUUCCAGUUCUACAGAGAGUGACAGUGAUUUUUACUCGUCAAUUAUUAUCUCGAUUGAUCGUGUGCAUUGUCUACGUCGAAAGCACGUAUUUUCAUGAAUUGAAUUUAAUGUGUUUCUUUUAUAAGCUCAAAGAAACCAAUAACAAACCAUCGAUCUUUUAAUUUUGCAAUUCGCAUAAUGCAAAGUCUACAAAGAUGCAUUAGCAGCUUAGCUUCACUAGGCUCAACAUCCGUAAGCAGGCAACAAUUGAAAUAUGUUCUGCCAAAAGCGAUAUCCCCAAUGGCAUCCAUCCAUUCUUCAGCUAUUUGUGAGAAAUAUCAAGAGCCAAGAAAGUUUUUACGACACAAUAAAACAAUAUUUCCUGUUCAAGCACCCGAUGAGGAGAGAAGACCUGCGUACGUCUGCCAUAUGAAGUCAAAUUUAAAAUAUAGUUUAAAAAAAAUGUGGUAUCUAGCUUGUUUGGUUCGUGGAAUGUCAGUCGAUGAAGCUAUCAAGCAGUUAAGUUUCCAAACAAGGAAAGGUUCGGCAAUGAUUAAAGAAACUAUCCUUGAAGCUCAACAGUUAGCUGUUGAAGAACACAACGUAGAGUUUAAGAGCAAUCUCUGGGUCGCCGAAUCUUUUGCUACUAAGGGCAUAGUUAUAAAGGGUUUAAGAAGACACGCAAGAGCCCGUAUAGGCGAGGUACGUUAUGGCUACGUUCACUAUUUCGUUCGUUUGGAAGAAGGAACACCGCCAGAAAAUUAUUAUUUACCUGCACCAAAGGGCACAGAAGAACUCUUGGAGGAUUGGAAGGAGAAAAUGAGAAAGCGAAAGAUAUACAAUUCAUUGUAAAUUGUGGAAUAUUUGUAUGUGAAAAAUGGAAUGAAAAUUAGAUGAACUCAUUAAAUCGACAUUCUUCUA